UAUAAUCAGAACGCAAAAGUUUCUGCUGUAGCGUCUGCAUACUAUGUACUGUAAUGUGUUUGUAUUUGGAACUACGAGAUUUUGCAUUGUGUCUAACCGCGUUGAUUGCGCCUGUAGCUAAAAUUUUGGCCUGCCACAUAGAUUCCUAAUUAAAACUUUUUUUGAAAAAUAAAACUCUUGGUCGUCUUUCUACAGUAGCUAGUGUACAACCGUUUCUCGGCCUAUUCUGCUUCCUAAAAAUUUACUCUAUAGUGCAAAAUGCAUGCACUAUAUGGUUAACGCUGGCUCGGACCUUAAAUCCGUCUUGUAUAACUGCAAAAAAUAACUACUCUUGAUGAGAAGACGAGACCGGCUGAGACCUCACCAAAGCAAAAAUUCCGACGAAGUUAACUUACCGGCAACACGAUCAUUCCAACAGCAACUGACCACCAAAAUUUGUGACCUCGGAUUUGUAAAUUCCUCGCAAUGACGAUAACAAUUGUGCCGGAGUGGUACGCCGAUUUACUACGUCAUUUGGAAAUUUUCUUUCCGGACACGCUUCCAUUAUAUAAUCUCGUCUGGGGAAAAUUCAACAAAGAUUUGCCGUGGAACGGUAUUGAAUUCGUUGCAGACCGGUGGCCUCAACCUCGCGUUGUGUUGUGCAGACCGCUACAGGAAGUUCUCCGAUGCGGCAGACGGGGAUACGCAUGCAGACAAGUUUGUCCUUAUACUAUUACGAUUUGGUCAUCCGAUGACAACAUUCUCCGUGAAAUGCUGCAACACCAUAAAACAAUUGAGUGGGACCAAGAGAUAAUGUUUCACGGCUUAUCUUGUCCUUCUCCAUUGGAGACGGUUAAUGCGGUCUGCCAGAAUCUCGGGAGCACCACUGGUAGCGACGAAUCGUGGUGCACGGAUGUCUACGAGCUGAAAAGUGAAAACCUACCUGUUUGCUCGACGGAUCUUCCUUCUGGAUUUGUUUUAACAACAUUGACGCAAAAAUAUGCAGACCAGAUAAACAGCGAAUGGUAUUACGGAGGAGGUACAGCGACAAGAGAGUAUCUGCUAGAUAUUCUGGAUCCCAACCGGAAGAAUUACCCGAGCGCCGCUGUUGUGGAAACUGCAUCGGGCCGCGCGGUGUCGUACAUUCUGUAUGAAGCGGAAGGAAAUUUUGCAUUGGGUUACACCGAUCCUGACUAUCGGAAUAAAGGAUUUUUUCGGAUUGUGAAUUAUUCACUGGCCAAAACCAUGUUUGCAAGGGGCCGCAAGAUCAUCUACGUGCAGGUGGCUGCUGACAAUGAUGCUUCACGGAACACAUACAUGAAAUUGGGAGGAAAACGAAUAAACAAUUGGAAACAGCAUUGGUUAUUGUACACUCCUCAUUCCCUCAAUCCACAAGAUACUUGCUACCAUGUGCUGAAUUUUGUGAAAGCAUCCCAGAGCAAUUAACCGCUAACUAACCAUAAAU